ACAAUAAUGGCUGUCACAGAUUGGUUGUCAUUGCUUCUAAUCACCUGUUUUUCAGCUACAGGGUCACACAGCCAACUAGAUGUGUGCGGUCGUCCGAGCAUCAACAGGGUGACCAGCAGGAUAGUGGGGGGGCAGGAGGCCCCUCGAGGGAGCUGGCCCUGGCAGGUCAGUCUGCACCGCUACGGCAGGCACUUCUGUGGCGGCUCUCUCAUCAACAACCAGUGGAUCCUGACUGCGGCUCACUGCUUCUCAGGCACAAGCCCCAGAGGCCUGGUUGUCUACCUGGGUCGCCAUGCCCAGCUGACCACCAACCCCAGCGAGGUCAGGAGGAGAGUGGUCAGAGUCAUCCAGCAUCCCCGCUACCAGCGGAGGAACAACGACAACGACAUCGCCCUGCUGAGGCUCAGUUCUCCGGUUCCCUUCACGGACUUCAUCCGGCCCGUCUGCCUGGCUGCCAAAGACAGCGCCUUCCACAGUGGAGAGGACAGCUGGGUGACCGGAUGGGGGGCUGUGCGAGAGGGAGUCCGGCUCCCAUUCCCUCGGAGGCUUCAAGAAGUUGAGGUUCCAGUGGUGGGCAACAGACAGUGCAAAUGCCAGAACGGCAUAAGGAGGGUCACAGACAACAUGAUCUGUGCUGGUCUACAGACCGGAGGAAAGGACUCCUGCCAGGGCGACUCGGGGGGUCCAAUGGUCAACGUCCAGAACGACGUGUGGAUCCAAUCAGGAAUCAUCAGCUGGGGUUUUGGCUGUGCUCGACCUGAGCUUCCUGGCGUCUACACCAGAGUGUCCCGCUACCAGGAGUGGAUUAGGAGCCAAGUGACCGAUGGCCUAUCACCGGGCUUUUUCUCAUUUCUUGCGUCCGGAAUCGAUCCCGACAAUUCCUACACCUGCCGUGGCCUACCUCUGCCCAGCAGAGGAGGACUCACAACGAAGGCUCCCAGAGAGGAUUCUUCAGUAAAUGUGUGUGGCACAACUCCGGUGAACCCCAGGAUAGUUGGAGGAGAAGAUGCUCCUGCAGGCAGUUGGCCCUGGCAGGUUAGCCUGCACGGCUCUGGGGGAUCACAUUUCUGUGGGGGAUCACUCAUCAACAAGGAAUGGGUCAUGUCUGCUGCCCAUUGCUUCUCCAGUGCCAAUCCAGCUGGGUUGACAGUGUACUUGGGUCGACAGGCACAGCAGAGCAGCAAUCCAAACGAAGUGUCCAGAAGCGUGAUCCAAAUCGUCUUGCAUCCCAACUAUGACACUCAAACAUUCGACAAUGACAUUGCUCUGCUGAAACUCAGUUCUCCUGUUCAGUUUACUGACUUUAUCAGACCAGUUUGUCUGGCUGCCAGUGGCAGUGUCUUCAACAAUGGCACAGACAGCUGGGUGACUGGAUGGGGCACCAUUGGAGAAGGCGGCGAUCCCCUCCCAUUCCCACAAACGCUUCAAGAAGUUGAGGUUCCAGUGGUGGGUAACAGACAGUGCAACUGCCUAAAUGGAGUUGGAAGUAUCACAGGCAACAUGAUCUGUGCUGGACUACUCAGAGGCGGAAAAGAUGCAUGCCAGGGUGACUCUGGUGGUCCAAUGAUGAGCCAGCAGGAUAAGAAGUGGAUCCAGUCAGGGGUUGUUAGUUGGGGCUUUGGCUGUGCUCGACCGGAACUUCCUGGAGUUUACGCAAGAGUGUCCAACUUCCAGUCCUGGAUCAGUGGAGAAAUUGAGUGUGACCUACCAGGCUUUGUGGAAUUCUCCAGCCCUGGGCCCGAUUCUGACUACAGUGCCACCUGCCCUGGACUUCCACCUCCACCUACAACAACUACAAGCUCCCCAACAACAACAACAGCAACUCCAACAGACAAUCUUUCGGCUGAUGUGUGUGGCACGACUCCGGUGAACCCCAGGAUAGUUGGAGGAGAAGAUGCUCCACAAGGCAGUUGGCCCUGGCAGGUUAGCUUCCAUGGUUCUGGGGGAUCACAUUUCUGUGGAGGAUCACUCAUCAACAAGGAAUGGGUCAUCUCUGCUGCCCAUUGCUUCUCCAGUGGCAGUUUGGCUGGGUUGACAGUGUACUUGGGUCGGCAGGCACAGCAGAGCAGCAAUCCAAACGAAGUCUCCAGAAGCGUGAUCCAAAUCAUAUUGCAUCCCAACUAUGACACUCAAACAUUCGACAAUGACAUUGCUCUGCUGAAACUUAGUUCUCCUGUUCAGUUUACUGACUUCAUCAGACCAGUUUGCCUAGCAGCCAGUGGCAGUGUGUUCAACAAUGGCACAGACAGCUGGGUGACUGGAUGGGGCACCAUUGGAGAAGGCGAUCCACUCCCAUUCCCCCAAACGCUUCAAGAAGUUGAGGUUCCAGUGGUGGGUAACAGAGAGUGCAACUGCCUAAAUGGAGUUGGAAGUAUCACAGGCAACAUGAUGUGUGCUGGAGUACUUAGCGGUGGAAGAGAUGCAUGCCAGGGUGAUUCAGGAGGUCCAAUGAUGAGCCAGCAGGAUAAGAAGUGGGUCCAGUCUGGGGUUGUUAGCUGGGGCUUUGGCUGUGCUCGACCUGAACUUCCAGGAGUUUACGCAAGAGUGUCCAACUUCCAGUCCUGGAUCAGUGGAGAGAUUGAGAGUGACCUACCAGGCUUUGUGGAAUUCUCCAGCCCUGGGCCCGAUUCUGACUAUAGCGCCACCUGCCCUGGACUUCCACUUCCAACUACUACAACAACAAGCUCCUCAACAACCCCAACAACAACAACAAAUCCGAUAACAACAACCACAGCAACAACAACAACCCCAACUCCAACAGAAAGCCUAUCAGUUGAUGUGUGUGGCACAACUCCGGUGAACCCCAGGAUAGUUGGAGGAGAAGAUGCUCCUGCAGGCAGUUGGCCCUGGCAGGUUAGCCUGCACGGCUCUGGGGGAUCACAUUUCUGUGGGGGAUCACUCAUCAACAAGGAAUGGGUCAUCUCUGCUGCCCAUUGCUUCUCCAGUGCCAAUCCAGCUGGGUUGACAGUGUACUUGGGUCGACAGGCACAGCAGAGCAGCAAUCCAAACGAAGUGUCCAGAAGCGUGAUCCAAAUCGUCUUGCAUCCCAACUAUGACACUCAAACAUUCGACAAUGACAUUGCUCUGCUGAAACUCAGUUCUCCUGUUCAGUUUACUGACUUCAUCAGACCAGUUUGUCUGGCAGCCAGUGGCAGUGUCUUCAACAAUGGCACAGACAGCUGGGUGACUGGAUGGGGCACCAUUGGAGAAGGCGAUCCCCUCCCAUUCCCACAAACGCUUCAAGAAGUUGAGGUUCCAGUGCUGGGCAACAGACAGUGCAACUGCCUUAAUGGAGUUGGAAGUAUCACAGACAACAUGAUCUGUGCUGGAUUACUCAAUGGAGGAAAAGAUGCAUGCCAGGGUGACUCUGGAGGUCCAAUGGUGAACCAGCAGGAUAAGAAGUGGAUCCAGUCUGGGGUUGUUAGUUGGGGCUUUGGCUGUGCUCGACCUGAACUUCCUGGAGUUUACGCAAGAGUGUCCAACUUCCAGUCCUGGAUCAGUUCCAGAAUCCAGAGUGAUGCUCCAGGCUUUGUUGUUUUUGCCACUUCUGGACCUGAUUUUGACUAUAGUGUUACCUGCCCUGGGCUUCCACUUCCACCUACUACAACAACUAGCUCCUCAACAACCACAACAACAACAAACCCAACAGCAACAACAACAAACCCAACAACAACUACAACAACCCCAACUCCUACAGAAAGUAUUUCAGCUGAUGUGUGUGGCACAACUCCCGUGAACCCCAGAAUAGUUGGAGGGCAAGAUGCUCCUGCGGGCAGUUGGCCUUGGCAGGUUAGUCUGCACAGGUUUGGUCAUUUCUGUGGAGGAUCGCUCAUCAACAAGGAAUGGGUUCUGUCUGCUGCCCAUUGCUUCUCCAGUGCCAAUCCAGCUGGGUUGACAGUGUACUUGGGCCGCCAAAACCAAUCGACCAGCAAUCCCAAUGAAGUUUCAAGAAGUGUGAUUGAAAUAGUCUUGCAUCCCAACUAUGACACUGAAACAUUCAACAAUGAUGUUGCUCUCUUGAGACUCAGUUCUCCUGUUCAGUUUACUGAUUUCAUCAGACCAGUUUGUCUGGCAGCCAGUGGCAGUGUGUUCAACAAUGGCACAGACAGCUGGGUGACUGGAUGGGGCACCAUUGGAGAAGGCGAUUCCCUCCCAUUCCCACAAACGCUUCAAGAAGUUGAGGUUCCAGUGCUGGGCAACAGACAGUGCAACUGCCUAAAUGGAGUUGGAAGUAUCACAGACAACAUGAUCUGUGCUGGACUACUCAAUGGAGGAAAAGAUGCAUGCCAGGGUGAUUCAGGAGGUCCAAUGGUGAGCCAGCAGGAUAAGAAGUGGGUCCAGUCUGGUGUCGUUAGCUGGGGCUUUGGCUGUGCUCGACCUGAACUUCCUGGAGUUUACGCAAGAGUGUCCAACUUCCAGUCCUGGAUCAGUUCCAGAAUCCAGAGUGAUGCUCCUGGAUUUGUUGUUUUUGCCACUUCUGGACCUGAUGCUGACAGUGGCUUCACCUGCCCUGGACUUCCACCUCCGCCUGGCCCUUCCCCACUUCCAACCACCACAGCACCCACAACCAGUCUCUCAGCUGAUGUGUGUGGCACAACUUCGGUGAACCCCAGGAUAGUUGGAGGAGAAGAUGCUCCUGUAGGCAGUUGGCCCUGGCAGGUUAGCCUGCACGGCUCUGGGGGAUCACAUUUCUGUGGGGGAUCACUCAUCAACAAGGAAUGGGUCAUCUCUGCUGCCCAUUGCUUCUCCAGUGCCAAUCCAGCUGGGUUGACAGUGUACUUGGGUCGGCAGGCACAGCAGAGCAGCAAUCCAAACGAAGUGUCCAGAAGCGUGAUCCAAAUCGUCUUGCAUCCCGACUAUGACACUCAAACAUUCGACAAUGACAUUGCUCUGCUGAAACUCAGUUCUCCUGUUCAGUUUACUGACUUCAUCAGACCAGUUUGUCUGGCAGCCAGUGGCAGUGUCUUCAACAAUGGCACAGACAGCUGGGUGACUGGAUGGGGCACCAUUGGAGAAGGCGAUUCCCUCCCAUUCCCACAAACGCUUCAAGAAGUUGAGGUUCCAGUGCUGGGCAACAGACAGUGCAACUGCCUAAAUGGAGUUGGAAGUAUCACAGACAACAUGAUCUGUGCUGGACUACUCAAUGGAGGAAAAGAUGCAUGCCAGGGUGAUUCAGGAGGUCCAAUGGUGAGCCAGCAGGAUAAGAAGUGGGUCCAGUCUGGUGUCGUUAGCUGGGGCUUUGGCUGUGCUCGACCUGAACUUCCUGGAGUUUACGCAAGAGUGUCCAACUUCCAGUCCUGGAUCAGUUCCAGAAUCCAGAGUGAUGCUCCUGGAUUUGUUGUUUUUGCCACUUCUGGACCUGAUGCUGACAGUGGCUUCACCUGCCCUGGACUUCCACCUCCGCCUGGCCCUUCCCCACUUCCAACCACCACAGCACCCACAACCAGUCUCUCAGCUGAUGUGUGUGGCACGACUCCGGUGAACCCCAGGAUAGUUGGAGGAGAAGAUGCUCCUGCAGGCAGUUGGCCCUGGCAGGUUAGCCUGCACGGCUCUGGGGGAUCACAUUUCUGUGGGGGAUCACUCAUCAACAAGGAAUGGGUCAUCUCUGCUGCCCAUUGCUUCUCCAGUGCCAAUCCAGCUGCGUUGACAGUGUACUUGGGUCGGCAGGCACAGCAGAGCAGCAAUCCAAACGAAGUGUCCAGAAGCGUGAUCCAAAUCGUCUUGCAUCCCAACUAUGACACUCAAACAUUCGACAAUGACAUUGCUCUGCUGAAACUCAGUUCUCCUGUUCAGUUUACUGACUUCAUCAGACCAGUUUGUCUGGCAGCCAGUGGCAGUGUCUUCAACAAUGGCACAGAUAGCUGGGUGACUGGAUGGGGCACCAUCGGAGAAGGUGGCGAUUCCCUCCCAUUCCCACAAACGCUUCAAGAAGUUGAGGUUCCAGUGCUGGGCAACAGACAGUGCAACUGCCUAAAUGGGGUUGGAAGUAUCACAGACAACAUGAUCUGUGCUGGACUACUCAAUGGAGGAAAAGAUGCAUGCCAGGGUGAUUCAGGAGGUCCAAUGGUGAGCCAGCAGGAUAAGAAGUGGGUCCAGUCUGGGGUUGUUAGCUGGGGCUUUGGCUGUGCUCGACCUGAACUUCCUGGAGUUUACGCAAGAGUGUCCAACUUCCAGUCCUGGAUCAGUUCCAGAAUCCAGAGUGAUGCCCCUGGAUUUGUUGUUUUUGCCACCUCUGGACCUGAUGCUGACAGUGGCUUCACCUGCCCUGGACUUCCACCUCCACCUGGCCCUUCCCCACUUCCAACCACCACAGCACCCACAACCAGUCUCUCAGCUGAUGUGUGUGGCACGACUCCGGUGAACCCCAGGAUAGUUGGAGGAGAAGAUGCUCCUGUAGGCAGUUGGCCCUGGCAGGUUAGCCUGCACGGCUCUGGGGGAUCACAUUUCUGUGGGGGAUCACUCAUCAACAAGGAAUGGGUCAUCUCUGCUGCCCAUUGCUUCUCCAGUGCCAAUCCAGCUGGGUUGACAGUGUACUUGGGUCGGCAGGCACAGCAGAGCAGCAAUCCAAACGAAGUGUCCAGAAGCGUGAUCGAAAUCGCCUUGCAUCCCAACUAUGACACUCAAACAUUCGACAAUGACAUUGCUCUGCUGAAACUCAGUUCUCCUGUUCAGUUUACUGACUUCAUCAGACCAGUUUGUCUGGCAGCCAGUGGCAGUGUCUUCAACAAUGGCACAGAUAGCUGGGUGACUGGAUGGGGCACCAUUGGAGAAGGCGGCGAUUCCCUCCCAUUCCCACAAACGCUUCAAGAAGUCGAGGUUCCAGUGCUGGGCAACAGACAGUGCAACUGCCUAAAUGGAGUUGGAAGUAUCACAGACAACAUGAUCUGUGCUGGACUACUCAAUGGAGGAAAAGAUGCAUGCCAGGGUGAUUCGGGAGGUCCAAUGGUGAGCCAGCAUGAUAAGAAGUGGGUCCAGUCUGGGGUUGUUAGCUGGGGCUUCGGCUGUGCUCGACCUGAACUUCCUGGAGUUUACGCAAGAGUGUCCAACUUCCAGUCCUGGAUCAGUUCCAGAAUCCAGAGUGAUGCUCCUGGAUUUGUUGUUUUUGCCACUUCUGGACCCGAUGCUGAAAGUGGCUUCACCUGCCCUGGACUUCCACCUCCACCUCCGCCUGGCCCUUCCCCACUUCCAACCACCACAGCACCCACAACCAGUCUCUCAGCUGAUGUGUGUGGCACAACUCUGGUGAACCCCAGGAUAGUUGGAGGAGAAGAUGCUCCUGCAGGCAGUUGGCCCUGGCAGGUUAGCCUGCACGGCUCUGGGGGAUCACAUUUCUGUGGGGGAUCACUCAUCAACAAGGAAUGGGUCAUCUCUGCUGCCCAUUGCUUCUCCAGUGCCAAUCCAGCUGGGUUGACAGUGUACUUGGGUCGGCAGGCACAGCAGAGCAGCAAUCCAAACGAAGUGUCCAGAAGCGUGAUCCAAAUCGUCUUGCAUCCCAACUAUGACACUCAAACAUUCGACAAUGACAUUGCUCUGCUGAAACUCAAUUCUCCUGUUCAGUUUACUGACUUCAUCAGACCAGUUUGUCUGGCAGCCAGUGGCAGUGUCUUCAACAAUGGCACAGACAGCUGGGUGACUGGAUGGGGAACCAUUGGAGAAGGCGGCGAUUCCCUUCCAUUCCCACAAACGCUUCAAGAAGUCGAGGUUCCAGUGCUGGGCAACAGACAGUGCAACUGCCUAAAUGGAGUUGGAAGUAUCACAGACAACAUGAUCUGUGCUGGACUACUCAAUGGAGGAAAAGAUGCAUGCCAGGGUGAUUCAGGAGGUCCAAUGGUGAGCCAGCAGGAUAAGAAGUGGGUCCAGUCUGGGGUUGUUAGCUGGGGCUUUGGCUGUGCUCGACCUGAACUUCCUGGAGUUUACGCAAGAGUGUCCAACUUCCAGUCCUGGAUCAGUUCCAGAAUCCAGAGUGAUGCUCCUGGAUUUGUUGUUUUUGCCACCUCUGGACCUGAUGCUGACAGUGGCUUCACUUGCCCUGGACUUCCACCUCCACCUCCGCCUGGCCCUUCCCCACUUCCAACCACCACAGCACCCACAACCAGUCUCUCAGCUGAUGUGUGUGGCACAACUCCGGUGAACCCCAGGAUAGUUGGAGGAGAAGAUGCUCCUGCAGGCAGUUGGCCAUGGCAGGUUAGCCUGCACGGCUCUGGGGGAUCACAUUUCUGUGGGGGAUCACUCAUCAACAAGGAAUGGGUCAUCUCUGCUGCCCAUUGCUUCUCCAGUGCCAAUCCAGCUGGGUUGACAGUGUACUUGGGUCGACAGGCACAGCAGAGCAGCAAUCCAAACGAAGUGUCCAGAAGCGUGAUCCAAAUCGUCUUGCAUCCCAACUAUGACACUCAAACAUUCGACAAUGACAUUGCUCUGCUGAAACUCAGUUCUCCUGUUCAGUUUACUGACUUUAUCAGACCAGUUUGUCUGGCAGCCAGUGGCAGUGUCUUCAACAAUGGCACAGACAGCUGGGUGACUGGAUGGGGCACCAUUGGAGAAGGCGAUUCCCUCCCAUUCCCACAAACGCUUCAAGAAGUCGAGGUUCCAGUGCUGGGCAACAGACAGUGCAACUGCUUAAAUGGAGUUGGAAGUAUCACAGACAACAUGAUCUGUGCUGGACUACUCAAUGGAGGAAAAGAUGCAUGCCAGGGUGAUUCAGGAGGUCCAAUGGUGAGCCAGCAGGAUAAGAAGUGGGUCCAGUCUGGGGUUGUUAGCUGGGGCUUUGGCUGUGCUCGACCUGAACUUCCUGGAGUUUACGCAAGAGUGUCCAACUUCCAGUCCUGGAUCAGUUCCAGAAUUCAGAGUGAUGCUCCUGGAUUUGUUGUUUUUGCCACCUCUGGACCUGAUGCUGACAGUGGCUUCACCUGCCCUGGACUUCCACCUCCACCUCCGCCUGGCCCUUCCCCACUUCCAACCACCACAGCACCCACAACCAGUCUCUCAGCUGAUGUGUGUGGCACGACUCCGGUCAACCCCAGGAUAGUUGGAGGAGAAGAUGCUCCUGCAGGCAGUUGGCCCUGGCAGGUUAGCCUGCACGGCUCUGGGGGAUCACAUUUCUGUGGGGGAUCACUCAUCAACAAGGAAUGGGUCAUCUCUGCUGCCCAUUGCUUCUCCAGUGCCAAUCCAGCUGGGUUGACAGUGUACUUGGGUCGGCAGGCACAGCAGAGCAGCAAUCCAAACGAAGUGUCCAGAAGCGUGAUCCAAAUCGUCUUGCAUCCCAACUAUGACACUCAAACAUUCGACAAUGACAUUGCUCUGCUGAAACUCAGUUCUCCUGUUCAGUUUACUGACUUCAUCAGACCAGUUUGUCUGGCAGCCAGUGGCAGUGUCUUCAACAAUGGCACAGACAGCUGGGUGACUGGAUGGGGCACCAUUGGAGAAGGCGAUUCCCUCCCAUUCCCACAAACGCUUCAAGAAGUCGAGGUUCCAGUGCUGGGCAACAGACAGUGCAACUGCCUAAAUGGAGUUGGAAGUAUCACAGACAACAUGAUCUGUGCUGGACUACUCAAUGGAGGAAAAGAUGCAUGCCAGGGUGAUUCAGGAGGUCCAAUGGUGAGCCAGCAGGAUAAGAAGUGGGUCCAGUCUGGGGUUGUUAGCUGGGGCUUUGGCUGUGCUCGACCUGAACUUCCUGGAGUUUACGCAAGAGUGUCCAACUUCCAGUCCUGGAUCAGUUCCAGAAUUCAGAGUGAUGCUCCUGGAUUUGUUGUUUUUGCCACCUCUGGACCUGAUGCUGACAGUGGCUUCACCUGCCCUGGACUUCCACCUCCACCUCCGCCUGGCCCUUCCCCACUUCCAACCACCACAGCACCCACAACCAGUCUCUCAGCUGAUGUGUGUGGCACGACUCCGGUCAACCCCAGGAUAGUUGGAGGAGAAGAUGCUCCUGCAGGCAGUUGGCCCUGGCAGGUUAGCCUGCACGGCUCUGGGGGAUCACAUUUCUGUGGGGGAUCACUCAUCAACAAGGAAUGGGUCAUCUCUGCUUCCCAUUGCUUCUCCAGUGCCAAUCCAGCUGGGUUGACAGUGUACUUGGGUCGGCAGGCACAGCAGAGCAGCAAUCCAAACGAAGUGUCCAGAAGCGUGAUCCAAAUCGUCUUGCAUCCCAACUAUGACACUCAAACAUUCGACAAUGACAUUGCUCUGCUGAAACUCAGUUCUCCUGUUCAGUUUACUGACUUCAUCAGACCAGUUUGUCUGGCAGCCAGUGGCAGUGUCUUCAACAAUGGCACAGACAGCUGGGUGACUGGAUGGGGCACCAUUGGAGAAGGCGGCGAUUCCCUCCCAUUCCCACAAACGCUUCAAGAAGUCGAGGUUCCAGUGCUGGGCAACAGACAGUGCAACUGCCUAAAUGGAGUUGGAAGUAUCACAGACAACAUGAUCUGUGCUGGACUACUCAAUGGAGGAAAAGAUGCAUGCCAGGGUGAUUCAGGAGGUCCAAUGGUGAGCCAGCAGGAUAAGAAGUGGGUCCAGUCUGGGGUUGUUAGCUGGGGCUUUGGCUGUGCUCGACCUGAACUUCCUGGAGUUUACGCAAGAGUGUCCAACUUCCAGUCCUGGAUCAGUUCCAGAAUCCAGAGUGAUGCUCCUGGAUUUGUUGUUUUUGCCACCUCUGGACCUGAUGCUGACAGUGGCUUCACCUGCCCUGGACUUCCACCUCCACCUCCGCCUGGCCCUUCCCCACUUCCAACCACCACAGCACCCACAACCAGUCUCUCAGCUGAUGUGUGUGGCACUACUCCGGUGAACCCCAGGAUAGUUGGAGGAGAAGAUGCUCCUGCAGGCAGUUGGCCCUGGCAGGUUAGCCUGCACGGCUCUGGGGGAUCACAUUUCUGUGGGGGAUCACUCAUCAACAAGGAAUGGGUCAUCUCUGCUUCCCAUUGCUUCUCUAGUGCCAAUCCAGCUGGGUUGACAGUGUACUUGGGUCGACAGGCACAGCAGAGCAGCAAUCCAAACGAAGUGUCCAGAAGCGUGAUCCAAAUCGUCUUGCAUCCCAACUAUGACACUCAAACAUUCGACAAUGACAUUGCUCUGCUGAAACUCAGUUCUCCUGUUCAGUUUACUGACUUUAUCAGACCAGUUUGUCUGGCAGCCAGUGGCAGUGUCUUCAACAAUGGCACAGACAGCUGGGUGACUGGAUGGGGCACCAUUGGAGAAGGCGAUUCCCUCCCAUUCCCACAAACGCUUCAAGAAGUCGAGGUUCCAGUGCUGGGCAACAGACAGUGCAACUGCCUAAAUGGAGUUGGAAGUAUCACAGACAACAUGAUCUGUGCUGGACUACUCAAUGGAGGAAAAGAUGCAUGCCAGGGUGAUUCAGGAGGUCCAAUGGUGAGCCAGCAGGAUAAGAAGUGGGUCCAGUCUGGGGUUGUUAGCUGGGGCUUUGGCUGUGCUCGACCUGAACUUCCUGGAGUUUACGCAAGAGUGUCCAACUUCCAGUCCUGGAUCAGUUCCAGAAUUCAGAGUGAUGCUCCUGGAUUUGUUGUUUUUGCCACCUCUGGACCUGAUGCUGACAGUGGCUUCACCUGCCCUGGACUUCCACCUCCACCUCCGCCUGGCCCUUCCCCACUUCCAACCACCACAGCACCCACAACCAGUCUCUCAGCUGAUGUGUGUGGCACGACUCCGGUGAACCCCAGGAUAGUUGGAGGAGAAGAUGCUCCUGCAGGCAGUUGGCCCUGGCAGGUUAGCCUGCACGGCUCUGGGGGAUCACAUUUCUGUGGGGGAUCACUCAUCAACAAGGAAUGGGUCAUCUCUGCUGCCCAUUGUUUCUCCAGUGCCAAUCCAGCUGGGUUGACAGUGUACUUGGGUCGGCAGGCACAGCAGAGCAGCAAUCCAAACGAAGUGUCCAGAAGCGUGAUCCAAAUCGUCUUGCAUCCCAACUAUGACACUCAAACAUUCGACAAUGACAUUGCUCUGCUGAAACUCAGUUCUCCUGUUCAGUUUACUGACUUCGUCAGACCAGUUUGUCUGGCAGCUAGUGGCAGUGUGUUCAACAAUGGCACAGGCAGCUGGGUGACUGGAUGGGGCACCAUUGGAGAAGGCGAUCCCCUUCCAUUUCCUCAAACUCUUCAAGAAGUUGAGAUUCCAGUGCUUGGCAACAGACAGUGCAACUGCCUGAAUGGGAUUGGAAGUAUCACAGACAACAUGAUCUGUGCUGGACUACUCAAUGGAGGAAAAGAUGCAUGCCAGGGUGAUUCGGGCGGUCCGAUGGUGAGCCAGCAGGAUAAGAAGUGGGUUCAGUCUGGGGUUGUUAGCUGGGGCUUUGGCUGUGCUCGACCUGAACUUCCUGGAGUUUACGCAAGAGUGUCCAACUUCCAGUCCUGGAUCAGUUCCAGAAUCCAGAGUGAUGCUCCUGGAUUUGUGACGUUCUCCAGCCCUGGACCCGAUGCUGACAAUACUUUCACCUGCCCUGGUGUUUCGACUCCACCUACCACUGUUUCACAGACGUCCAAGCCCAUGAAUUCCACUGUUGCAAACAGAAUUACCCCAGUGUGCGGACGUGCACCUCUCAACACAAAGACCAAAGCUGAGGGGAGCAUGACCGCUGGCCGGUGGCCGUGGAUGGUCAGUAUUCAGAGACGGGGAGUCCACAUGUGCGCCGGGUCCAUGCUCACUGAGGAGUUUGUGAUGACCUCAGCUGAUUGUUUUAACAGCUCUGUGAACUUUGUCGAAUGGAGAGUGAUGGUCGGACAGCAGCCGCAGGGCAACGCAUCUGACACCUUCAUGUUAUCUGCCGGUCUGGCCAACAUCACCGUCAGCAAGCAAGCAAACUCCCCCAACAUUGCCGUGCUGCAACUCGCAGCCUCUAUGGAGCUCAGCGACUAUGUCCAGUCUCUGUGCAUGGAUGUGGACAAUGAGCGGGCCUUCCCAGUUGGUUCCACCUGCUGGGUUGCUGGAUGGGGAGACAGGCAUGGGAACAUGGACAUGGUAAUGUCAGAGAUGGAGGCCACUGUGAUGGACUGUGGGGAGGACUCCUCUUCAGGGACCAUCUGCACCUCAUACAUGGACAUACGACAGGGAGAUGUUGGGAGCCCGUUGAUGUGCAAAUCGGACCAGUCGUGGUACCAGGCCGCCACCAUCAUGACCGUCCCUGGGGCGGGCCGCUCUCGCGCUCAGCCCACACUACUCUCCUUCACCAAGCCCUCCGAGUUCGGCGAGUUCCUCAGAGAGACCGUGGGAGACCUGCCGUCCCCGCUUGCCCCCACUACCCCGGCAACCGCCACCACUACCACCACCACCACCACCACCAAGACGACUGUCGUCAUGACAACUGACGGCGGCAGCGACGUGAGCGUGCUCGACCACUCGGCUCCUCCCACAUCCCUCUCUCUGCUCCUGUGCCUUGUCUCGGCUUUGCUCUCCCUAGGUCUCUUGACUCAUUAAAUCCGCACAGUGAAUCAACGGGAGUGUUAAUUCAACACUUACAGAGUACUCAGGCAUCAAAUUGACUCUCUAAGUGUUGAAUUAACACUGUGGGAUUUUUUUUUUUACUGUGCAAAGCGACAAUGCAUUACUGUAUUAUGGCGAUGUGGUAUGACAAUGGCAUUCUUUAGUAUACGUGUAUACAAUACAUGUAUUAACAAUGAAGCAUGAUGUUUACACAAGAGUUGUACAAAUGUUUUGAGAACAAAGUGAAUGUAUCUUUACUCUUUUUCAGGGUAUACACAUAAUAUGUGGACAUUGUGAAGGAAAUACUAAUAUUUAACUUUAUACUUAUAUUUAACUGUCAUAUAUAAUGUAUAUAGAUUUGUUGACAGCACAAGACAUGUAUACAGUACAUGCACAAUAGCAACAUAAAGACCAAAGACUACGCUAGGUUAAAAAUGCUUUUAGACAGAUAAUACAAUAAUAAUCUCUUUUAGACACCGUAUAAUGUACAGCAUGAACAUACAGUAAGAAUUUUGGCAUCUGCUGCCACAGACACAUGAGGUGCAAUGUUACACUCAUUUAUUUCAUGUCUCCUUUCUUACAAUGCCAACCUUGAAUGUCACCUCCUGUUCCAGAAAAAGUAUUUUGAAUUGUUGUCUACUUGGCUUUGCUUUCCAUUCAUUUGUCUGUGUCAUGUGGUUAUGUUGUCAAAUGUCUUUGUGGUUGUGAAAUACUGUGCAUGUCUGGGUAACUUAAUCUGAAGUAAAAAUGUAUUGGAUGUGUUUA